UCGGCUUUGCAUUUACAAUGCCUUCAAUUAAACAACUCACGUUGUGUCUCGACUAUCUGAACGAAGAAAAGACUUUUUCCGAGGGAGAUACGAUAACCGGCAGCGUAACGCUGGACUUGGAGAAAGAAAGCAAAAUUGAAAAGUUUUUUGUCAAAGCGAAAGGAGACGCCAACGUGCACUGGUCGGAGAAACGCGGCGAUCGCAACCACUCCUACAACGCGCAUGACAGACUUUUUAAAGUCAAACAGUUCUUUAUUCCGGAGACCUCAAAAGACACUGUACUUCCUCGUGGGAGACACCAAUACAAAUUCAGCCUCCAAAUUCCAAUGGGAAACAUGCCGUCCUCCUUCAGGGGAGCAUAUGGAAAGAUUGUGUACAAGCUUGUGGCAACGCUUUCCAGGAGCUGGAAGUUGAACCGUGAAGACGAAAAGGAGCUGAACUUUGUCUCCAAGUCAAUUUCAGACAUUGGCUCUCUGAUGUCUCGUCAAGUGCGUUCAACAAAUAAAGAGAUGGGGUUGUUCUCCAGCGGGACUGUACACAUGGAUGUCACUGUUGACAAGACGGCUUAUGCCCCAGGUGAAACAAUCGCCCUUGCUGUAAAAGUGAAAAACUCAUCAUCCAAAGACAUGACACCUAAAUUCAUUUUGAAAAAGAAGGUGGUUUAUCGUGCCAGCGGCUCCAAGAAGUACCAUGAAGAUGUAGUCUGCAGAAUGGUUGGGGAUCUUAUCAAGUCUGGGGAAGAGGAAACGAUCAACUGUGGUAUGAAGAUUGCUGCCGACCAGGGGCUGACCGUCCAUAAUUCUGGCAUUAUCUCAGUGGAAUACCAAUUAAAGGUGUAUUUAGACAUUAGCUUUGCUUCAGAUCCAGAGGUCAGGUUUCCAUUGGUCAUUGUCCCAGCUAGCCUUACAUCCGGACUUUACCCCAGUGGACCUGUUGGGCCCUACCCACAAGGGGCUUUUGGGGGACCUCAUCAUGGAUACCCAGCAGCCCCAGGCCCAGGGAAGAGUGAUUUUCCAGAGUAUCCAGCACCACCAAAUAUGUAUCCUGCUAAUCCAGGUGUGUAUGCUGGUCAGCCCACCGUGUACCCAGCUCCACCCCUGCCCAUUGGAGGUGGUUAUAGUAACCCCUUGCCACAGCACCCUUCUCCAUAUGGAUCUCCAUUUUCUUCUUCAUCAUCUACUCCAGUGCAUCACAAUCCCCCUACUGUCCCAAUUGCCCCAAUGUUAGACCCAACACCUUCUGCUCCAUCCAUGUUUCAACCAUCCCCUUCUGCUCCAUCCAUGUUUCAACCAUCCCCUUCUGCUCCACCGUUAUUUCAACCACCUCCUUCUGCUCCACCGAUGUUUGACCUACCUCCAUCUAUGCAAAUGAUGAAUACAAAUUUCCUGUCUCAACAGGAUGAACAACCUCCAAGUUAUAUGUCCCUUUUCCCCCCAUCUGUCAGUGAAACAUCUUCCGCUGUGUCUGAUGCAAAGAAUAAGUGAUGAUAAAUGAUUAGGAAAUAUUCAAUAAU